GGUUCCUCCCAGGCCUGCACACCCCGGGCAGAGCUGAGAGGGCGAGCGCCCGCAGGCCCUCUGCAGGGCAGGGUCCACCCCAGCCCGCAGCCCCGCUGAGUCAGCCCGGCGGGCGGCGCACGACACCGCGUGACCCGCGGUCACGUGACCCGCACGAAGCCACCUCGUUAGCGCUGUCGCUGCAGCCUCAACAGGAGGCGUCUGAGACAAGAUGAAGCUUAUCAUCCUCGACCACUAUUCUCAGGCCAGCGAGUGGGCGGCCAAAUACAUCAGGAACCGCAUCAUCCAGUUUAACCCGGGGCCAGACAAGUACUUCACCCUGGGGCUGCCCACUGGGAGCACCCCUCUUGGCUGCUAUAAGAAGCUGAUUGAAUACUACAAAAAUGGGGACCUGUCCUUUAAAUAUGUGAAGACCUUCAACAUGGAUGAGUACGUGGGCCUUCCUCGAGACCACCCGGAGAGUUACCACUCCUUCAUGUGGAACAACUUCUUCAAGCACAUUGACAUAGACCCAGAAAACACCCACAUCCUGGAUGGGAAUGCAGCCGACCUACAGGCUGAGUGCGAUGCCUUUGAAGAGAAGAUCAAGGCCGCUGGUGGGAUUGAGCUCUUUGUCGGAGGCAUCGGCCCUGACGGACACAUUGCCUUCAACGAGCCAGGUUCCAGUCUGGUGUCCAGGACCCGCGUAAAGACACUGGCCAUGGACACCAUCCUGGCCAAUGCCCGGUUCUUCGAUGGAGAUCUGGCCAAGGUGCCUACCAUGGCCCUGACAGUGGGCGUGGGCACUGUCAUGGAUGCUCGAGAGGUGAUGAUCCUCAUCACGGGUGCUCACAAGGCAUUCGCUCUGUACAAGGCCAUCGAAGAGGGCGUGAACCACAUGUGGACCGUGUCCGCCUUCCAGCAGCACCCCUGCACUGUGUUUGUGUGUGACGAGGAUGCCACGCUGGAGCUGAAAGUGAAGACUGUCAAGUAUUUCAAAGGUUUAAUGCUUGUUCACAACAAGCUGGUGGAUCCCUUGUACAGUAUCAAAGAGAAAGAAAUUGAGAAAAUCCAGUCUUCUAAGAAACCCUACAGUGAUUAGCCGGUGCAGGAACUGAGUCUCAAGUACCUCAAAGACAGGCAGGUCUUUCUGGAAAUUGCCUUUAGGAGAUCAGAACUGUAUUUCUUAUUUCAGUAUGGAUACUCCAGAUAAGUGGGUGAACUUACUCUUCUUGGCUGUGAGGCUAGGGCCUGAUCAUAGAAUCUAGCUAUAGGGAGAAUGACUUGUUUGUAACUUAAUCAGAAAGCAAUCUCUGAAACAGGCACUCCCAUCGGUUUGAUGCCUGCCACACCCAGAUCAGUAGUUUUUAACUUUUGUGUUUUGCCCCGUCACUGUUCACAUGUGUAGAACACUCCCACCAGGAAUUUCUAUCCUUAUGUGCCCUGAUUCUUAAGUGGGAGGGAAUUAGGGUUUGUAUAUAUUGGACACAACCUCUUUGGGGGGUCUCGAGAACUCCUCUUAUUCCUGGUUAAGGAACAGAUUUUUCAGUGUCUAAACUAAACACAAGGAAACAGUCCCUCUAAUCAGGUGCCAUGGAAAGAAAACCAUCCCUUCCCCCCCCCCCGCGCCCCCCCCCACCAGCCUUUUCAUGAGCUGGGAGAAUUCUUUGGGGAAGAUUUGGGUGGGCAGGACUAAAGAGAUGGCUUUCGAUGAUACACUCAGAGCCUCGAGGGACCCGGUCAUGCCAAACUUCUCUCCCUCAGGCACGUCCAGCACCAAGAGGGGCAAGGGGAAACCUGUUCUCACUGGAGCACCGUGUUUUGUCCAAGGUCUCCCUGUGGUUCCUCUCUUUUAUAUACUCAUUAGUAAGUCGGAGUCUGGGCAGGGGCAAUAGACACUGUUGUGUUCAGCCAGGUGACAGCUGGGCUCAAGUUCAGUUGCUGAGUUUAGCUGUAACACAGGAGUACCAUGCUGUCCCAUUUCCAUGAGAGUCGAGGGCCACCACAACACACCAAAGGAGUUAGUACUGUGCCCCUACUUGCAAGACCCUGCUCUCCUAACCCUCUCAGGUCCACGGCUGAGGUCUGGUGUUCUCAGAACACCCAAGUACAAGCCUGUGCCCACUCCAAGAUGGGCUGCUGCUGCACCUUCCCUCUGCUCUCUUCAGCCUUCAAGGAGUGGCCGGGCCGCCUCCCUGUUUCUGUGCCUGUUCAAAGCUACUGCUGCCUCUGUUUCUGGGAAAGGUCUUUCCGGCCUGUGAGUGCUGUUUGGUACCAGCAUUUCAUCUGUAGCUUUUAUAUCUGCUUGUGUUGUCAUUCUGUUUUAAGCUAAUGGGUUAAUGGACUUGUUUACAAUGUGAUAUUUUCUAUUAAAUCCAGUAUUUUCCAAUAAAAUGUGUCAUUUGUGGAUUUGGA